AUGGAAUCUAUGGCUGUAUCGUCAUCAACAUUUGGUGAUAUCUUGGAUCAAUUAUCUCUGUCGACACUUCGGUAUCAUUGGCAAUCUGUAUUGACUUCAGCUGUUGUAUUCGCCAUCAUCUAUGAAAUUUCCCGUAUAUUUUCACCAGUGUUAUUUCCAAAGACAUUUCAAUUCUUCAAAGGCUACAAUGCACCAAAUUGGCAUGUCCAUGUUGUGUCCACUGUACAUUGUAUAGUGGUUGUGCUUGGAUCAUUCUUUAUUUUUGCAGACAAUUCGCUCAAUCAAGAUAGAGUGUUCGGCUAUGUGAGAUGGGCUGCUGAUAUUUAUUCUAUUUCUUGCGGUUACUUUUUAUGGGAUACAAUCAUUGCCAUCUAUUUUUACAAAUAUCAAGGUAUCAGUAUGGUGUUCCAUGGUGUCGCUUCGUUCUCUGUCUUUAUCUUUUCUUUUCGUCCUUUUGUUAAUUACUAUGGUGCCAUCUUCCUGAUGUACGAGCUCAGCACUAUAUUUCUCAACUUUCAUUGGUUCAUGGACAAAUUGGGUUGGACUGGCUCCAAGAUUCAAUUGGUGAACGGUAUGGUGCUUCUGUUGACAUUUUUCUUUGCGCGUAUCGUGUUUGGUACUUUUAUGUCAUACAAAAUGUGGUCUGAUAUCUAUACAGUCAAGGAGGAUGUCCCUUUGAGAUAUUGGAUUGUUUAUGGAGUUGCUAAUUUCGUCACCACAUGUUUGAAUGUUUGGUGGUUCAGCCAGAUGAUUGCAAUGUUACGCAAGCGAUUUCCAGCCAAAGAGGUCGCCAAGCAUAAGUAG